CGAGCCCAAGGUGUUGCAGUAUGUGUGCGCCCUGCCAUACGAUGAUCAGGCGGGAAAUGAGUUAUACGUAAUUGAAGAGUCCGUUUUCUCCAGGUGUAUCAAUAUUGUAGGACAUGCUAAUAAAGAACAGAUACGCAAACCAAGCGUCAAAUGAUGCACAUAUGGCUACCAAACCCGUACAAGACCUCAUUCAACUAUUCGCUACCGGAGAAGUUCUCGCUCAGCCCCCUGAAGUGCACAAUUGUCCUAUUGUAAAUAAAAUGAUGCUGGGUUCAACGUUAUCUAUUUCUUCGAUCCCUGUUAUUGCUCUGCUGAACGUCCCUUCGAGGGCCAAUCAAUCCGUAACGCCAAAAAGAGACUGGGAGGGAAUCUUUGAGAAAGCCGUGAGUGACGUAAAGGGACUUGAUGCAAUUCUGGUGUCGGAAGAUGAGGAGGCGAAGAGUAUGCGUAUAGAGGGCGUACUGCUGAAUGACGAUGCAUUUACAGAAUUCCAAAGGGUGGUCGCGGGAAACAAGACGGAUACGAUUGAAAUGGUCAGAAUGAGGCCAAUUUGUGGUUUUGUCAGUCGUGAGGCGAAGAGCAAGUUAUAGCGGGGUUUCGCAAAGAUGUCUUCAGGCCAGAAAAUCCAGGCACCCUAGAGUUCAACAUCC